GACACACUCUCAAUACUUUACCGCUUAACUGUUGUGUGUCCCUCAUGAGUGUGGUUUUACUGUUGCGUGUUUGUUUUUACUGUUGUGUGUCCCUUGCUGGUUUAGUUUUACUCUUGUGUGUUCAUUUUUACUGUUAUGUGUCCCUUGCCGGUUUAGUUGUACUGUUGUGUGUUUGUUUGUACUGUUGUGGGUCCCUUGCUGGUUUAGUUGUACUGUUGUGUGUUUAGUGAUACUGUUGUGUUUUGGGUGUUGUGUGCUUGGUGAUAAUGUUGUGUGUUGCGUUCUACUGUUGUGUAUUUAGGGAUACUGUUGUGUGUUUGGUGUUGUGUGUUUGGUGAUACUGUUGUGUGUUUGAGGUUACUGUUGUGUGUUUGGCAAUACUGUUGUGUGUUUGGUGAUACUUUUUUGUGUUUGGUGAUACUGUUAGUAUCAUGUAGUAGGUAGAAAGCGUAACUUCAAAAUCACUGUUCAGUAGAUCCUUCCAUUGUGUUAGAAAACAUUGGCUUGCCAGAGGUAUCUCUGAUUUCCUGUCUGAAGCAACCCUCCCCAUCAGUGGAUCCAUGAAAAGAGGAACACUAGAGUAAGAGAAGAAGAAGAAAAGCUCCUACUAACCGACCCUCAGAAAGAGGAUGUGAAAGCAACUGCCUUCCUCCAUUUAGAGGGGUAUGGAAAAACUGAAUGUUUACUGGGAUUAAGGUCUGGUCUGCUGAGGCUGCUGGAGCGAACUGGGAGGGAAUGUCCUUCUGUUGGGUUUUAGUCAAACAUCUUCAGGGAAACAGACCGAUGGAGAAGCAGCAGUCUGGAGGAUAUUGUUAAAUGUCAAGGUUUUGAAACGUCACAGGAAACAUAUGGAUGAUGAACCCAUACAGACAACUGCCUGUAGAAAACAUUUACAAUACCAGUAAAGAGGGGCAGGUUGGAGACCACAGGAAGUUACAGAAGCCAGGAUAUGUCAUCACUCCAGAGUUAGAAGGCUGUGAGCCCUCAGACACAUCCCUGCUUACAGGAACACUCUGAGGUCAGUCCGCUACAGUUGUGACGUCAUGGCGCCUGAGUGGCUCACAGUGAUGUCUGCGCUGCUGGCGUCUGCGACCUCAGCUGAUGGAGGAGGUGUGCGCCGCUGUGUGGAGGUGCGGGCGUCCAGCCAGCUAGUGCCCGUGGGGUCGGAGGUCAAGGCCACCUGUGUGGUCCGACCGGACUGCCCCUUGCUGGGGGGAGGAGUCACCAACAUGGAGCUACGCCUUGACCGGCUUCUGCUCGCCCGUGGCCCCGUAACCCAUGGCAACAGGUCCGUCUCCAACGGCAACAUCAGUAACGUGACGGCGGUGGUCAAGCUCAACCAGAGCUCAGCGCUGCUGACCUGCUGCCUCCAGACAGAGCCCAGUCCGUCUGUCUGUCGCCUGGAGGGCGGGCUGGAGGUCCGGGCAGGAUUGCCCCCCCUCCCUCCAGGGGGUCUGGGCUGCCAGACCUACCUCACCCUCCCGAGCACCAUGAACUGCAGCUGGGAGCCAGACCCCCGGGACCCCCUGCUGAGGACCCGCUACACCCUGCACACACGCCUAGGUGAGUCAGCGGAGACCAGCAGCUACGUGGCCCCGCUUGGGGCGUGGAGGGUGGUGCUCCCCAGGAGAGCCUUCGUCCUGUACCAGGACAUGACCCUGUGGGUGACCGCCUCCAACGCCCUGGGAGACGCGACCUCUGACCCCAUCACAGUGGAGCCCCUGAAGUCAGUGAGGUUCGAGCCCCCGUUGCUAGGCCGUGUGAAGACGGACCGCGGCGGCUGUCUGUGGCUGGAAUGGAGCCUCUCAUUAAGGCAACAGUUCAUGUCGAGCAAGAUGAUGACCCUGGAGGCCCGGCUCCGAGACACGCAGACCCCCUCCCAGACCCCCACCUGGAGACUCGCUACCGUCCAGUCUAAGCUGGUCUGUGAUCUGCUCCACGGGACCCAGUACAAGGUCCAGGUCCGGGCCUGCUACCAGGGCAGUCCCUGGAGCGCCUGGAGCCCCGCCCAGACCGGGUCCACCCGGGAGAAAGCUCCGGUCGGUCGCCUUGAAUACUGGAUGAAAGAGGAUGAGAAAGACAAGCACCAAGCUUACCAUAGUGUCCGCCUAUUCUGGAAGCCCUCCAGGGGAUUCCGCCCCAACGGGAGGGUGUCCUACGUGGUCACCACGGAUACGGGGGGCAGGCAGCAGCUGUGUUCCACGGCGGGCUCCAGCUGUGAGCUGCGUCUCCGCAGGCGGGUGAAGAGGGUGUUCCUCUGGGCGCUGAACUCAGCCGGGAAGUCCGCCCCCACCCUGGUGCCCCUCCUCCCCCUCCAAGCUCGCUGGGCCGUUUCCAACCUCACUGUCGUCUCCCACGGCGACCACGCCCUGCUGGUCCAGUGGAAGACUGGAUCCGGACCUACCGGACCGGGAGUCUCCAACUUUGUGGUGGAAUGGUGGCCAUUAUUAAAAAGAAACUCCUCCUCCCUGCUCUUUGACCUGGCCAAUAGGAACCAGUCCAGUCUGCUGCUCACAGGGCCCUUUGAGCCCUUCCAGCCCUACCAGGUGUCCGUGUAUCCAAGGUUCACCGGCGCCAUCGGCCGGCCAAACACGGCCACGGCGUACUGCAAACAGAAGGCUCCGUCCUCAGCCCCGGAUCUGAAGGUGAGGUCGAUGUGGCAGCCGUCUGUGGAACUCACCUGGGAGGAGCUCCCCCUGCAGGAGAGGAACGGAAUCAUCAGCAGCUACAAGCUCUCCUACUGGGCAGACCCCAAGCACAUCACAGUGGUGACGGUGGACCCAGGUAACCCCAGGGUGCUGCUGAAAGGCCUCCGCAGAGUGACCUCCUACAGCUUCCAGCUCACCGUCUCCACCGACGGGGGGAAUCGGAGCGGCUCCGUGAUCACCUACAUGACUUUGUCCGCAGAUGCCAGUGAUGUAGGGAUGCUGCUGGCGCUGUCCUUCUCCGGUUUGUCCUUGGUCGCCUUCAUCGCCUUCACAGCCUGGCUGAGGUAUCAGAAACGGGUGACAGUUGUGUUGUGUCCGAUGAUUCCUGACCCGGCUCACAGCAGCAUCAGGAGCUGGUCCUUCGACACACUACAGGAGCUGUCGUGGGGCUGGGAGGACGAGGACCCCCCCACAGUGAGCCUGUCCCGCCUCAGCCUGACGGAGCUGUCGCAGAAGGCGGGCUGGUGGGAGGAGACCAGCGACCUGGGGGACUCUGUGUGCAGCUCGCCGCUGAGCCCCUGUGGCUCCGUGUCCUACGCCACCGUGCUCUGCGGCGCUCCCUACGCCGGGCAGCGGGCCGGUGGCGCCGCGGCGUUCCGGCGCUCCGAGUCCAGCCAGCCGCUGCUGGAGGAGGAGCGCUACCAGAACCUGGCCCCUGGGGAGCUGGGGGCCCCUGGUGAUGUCAUCGCCCACCAGCCCUUCUUCUUUGGGGAGGGGGCGGGGUCAGACGCCGAGUGGGAGGAGUUUCCCAUGCUGCGAGCGCUGGGCGACGGCUGGACCGAUUCAGGACUACAACCGAAAACCGACUCAGGACUGCAACCGGAAACCGACUGAGGGCUGCAACCGGAAACCGACUCAGGACUGCAACCGGAAACCGACUGAGGACUGCAACCGGAAACCAACUCAGGACUGCAUCCGGAAACCGACAGAGAAAAGCUUUGGAUCCUAACUUCUUGUUCCCUUUCUUACGGAUUGUAUCCCUAAACCUCUUUAUAGAUAUCAGUCGUCCUCUUUUACCGGGGAUUUUAAGCCUUUGAAGAUCAUUAUAUCAGAUUAAAUAUAAAUAUAAUAAAAUCGUCAAUCAUUU